AGUGAGGAAAGUAAAUUCAAAUCAUAAACACUUUGCACACAGUGUCUGCUCUUAAAAUGAUUUUCAUUAUAAAUCGCAAUGCUUAAGCUUAUAAAGUCAAGUUACAUCUUUCCACUCUCGAAACCGAGAAUCUUUUUUAAUUAAAAUGUGAUAUUAACCGCUGGAAAGUAUACUGUCCAAUUGAUAUUGGAGCUGAGUUUAAAGUAUUACUCUGUAAAAGUGUCUGGAAAUAAGGCUUAUAUAGUACGCAAUGAAGAUGGGAUUGACUUCGACGCCCCUGAGGCGUCGCAGCUGUUUUUUAGCUUUUAUACUCGUUUUGGUACCUUGCACUAUACUAUUUCUAGUGAUAGGGACAGAUUUUACAGCUGAGCAAACUAUGUCACAACGAGUAGCUGAAUUUCAAAUGCGUAUGCAAUACUUAGAAUCUAUGUACCGAGCGAAGCAAGAAGACGUAGCCAUCCUGUCCCAAUACCUGGGAUUCUCUAAUCAAAAUGGCGAUGCGCCCAACAUGACUAUAAAUUUGAAUUUACUGGACGGAUUAAGUGCCGAUUCCCGUUCCAUGAUUCGUAAUGCAUCCGCCUCAGCCAAGUUGCCUGCUAAUUUAAAGUUACCGACUGCCUUCCACUUUUUACCCCAUCUCCUUGAUGACCCCGCUUCUCUAAGGCCGGCUUUCCUUCAAUCCAAGAACCGACAGGGUGUUUCGAUCGUGUUGGGCAUACCGACAGUCAAACGCGAUAAACAAUCAUAUCUGCUGGAAACAGUUGACAAUCUUAUAGCAAAUAUGGACGAGGAAGAGCAGAACGAAACCAUGAUCGUUGUUUUCGUGGGAGAAUCGGAGUUGGGUUACGUUAACCAGGUCGCAAACAGCAUCAAUACCAGGUUCCCAACCUUUGUAGAUAGCGGGUUUAUUGAGAUUUUGGCCCCAGCUUCCAGCUACUACCCGGAUAUGUCUCGAUUAAGGCAAACUCUGAACGAUUCAGUGGAGAGAGUUAAAUGGAGGUCGAAGCAGAAUCUGGAUUUCGCUUACUUAAUGGCCUAUGCCCAACCAAAAGGAGCAUUUUACGUACAGCUAGAAGACGAUAUACUAACCAAAAAAGGAUUUGUUAGUAUUAUGAAAAAUUACGCCCUAGAGAAAACGGCUAAAAAAGAACAAAGUCAAUGGUUUGUGCUGGAUUUUUGCCAAUUAGGAUUUAUAGGCAAAAUGUUCAAGUCAGCUGAUCUACCAUGGCUAAUAACAUUCUUCCAAAUGUUUUUCAACGAAAAGCCAGUUGAUUGGCUACUGUAUCAUCUUAUUUAUACAAAAGUUUGUAGUGUUGAAAAGGAUGCGAAAACCUGCAAACAAGAAAUAUCCAAGCUGUGGAUCCACUAUAAACCAUCCCUAUUUCAGCACAUAGGAACAACUUCAUCUCUUAAAGGAAAAGUACAAAAACUGAAAGAUAAACAGUUUGGUAAAAUUCCGACAUUCUAUCCCCAUAAAAAUCCUCCAGCUGUAGUGAAAACAGGUAUACAGCAUUAUAAAGCCUAUACAUUGCAAAAAGCAUACACUGGAGAAAGCUUUUUCUGGGGCCUAAUGCCGCAGCUUGGCGAUUUGAUUGAAAUCAAAUUUAAAGAAUCCGUGGCACUUAAAAGGUAUCUAUUUCGAAGUGGCAGCUUCGAGCAACCGUCGGACAGGUUCUACAACACAACGAUCGAAGUUCUACCGGUCAAUUUGUCUGAAGAUUCGCCAGUUUGGAGCAAUUACAACACUACCAGCGAUGGUUUCCUCGUGGUUGGGAUAUUCAAUGAUUUCGGCAUAGCGGAAGGAGUUGUCGAUUCGAAAAUAGGGGAAAUAAAAGAACUACGUUUGCAUGUUUACAGUGAUAGCCAAAAUUGGGUAAUCCUUAGAGAGAUCUUGCUUCAAGUUUACUCGGUUCGGUGACGUAAGCGUUACCGUGUUCUAGUCCAGCCUGAUAGUUUUAACGUAGAAUCGAUGCGCGACCCAGCAAAACGGCGUCAAAUGAGUCUGAUGAAACUUGAACGAGAAAUAUCAACGCGGCAACUGCAGAAUACUAAGACAAAGCUCUAAUUUUUGUAUUAAACGAAGAAAAAGAAAAAAAAAAAGAUAAUCGAUGGAGUGACGACCCUGAGCGUUAUUUGUGAAGCACCUUUUUACGUAUACAUAACGAAUAAAGCCACUCUACAGUUACCAUAAUUGUUGAGCAAUUCAUAAGGUUACAUUUGUACGCAAUAGCACGAAUAUAAGCAAAACAAACAAAAAACAAUGUGUCAUUAAGCAUAAAUGUCAAGUUCCAAACAAAAUAGUCGUACAUAACGAAAACCAGUGUGUACUAAUGUGAAUGUUAUUGUUACCAAACAAACAAGGAGUUUUGCAAAAAUUCCUACCUAGAUUAUGGCUCUGCAAAUGCUUAUUUAUAUAAAAGUAUUGUCCAUGUGAAGCUGUUUGUAAUUUUUUUUAUACACAAUUGGAUAUUUGCAAAAUGUGGUGAUUGAUAAAAUUCCUAAAUUAUUCGAAUUAAAUUCUCAGUUUGUGAUUAAA